CUUUUGCUUAAUCUAUUUAUUUAAGUUCUAAUAUUUUAUUUUAUCCUUAUUUUUGCAUGUUUUCUUAUGCAUGUUUUAUUUAUUUUUCUACUUACAAAUUAAAUAAAUACUCUAGUGGAAACCAGGGUGAUAUUACCAGAUUCGACACAUACUUCUGCACCUUCUGAAGAACUUCAAAAAUUUCAAACUACAUAUAAAAUAGAUAAUAAACAAGAAUGCAGCACUAAAUUUUCCGAUCAAGAAGAUAUUUCUCAUUCUUCUCAAACUGUCUCUAAACUAAAUCAUAGCAUGAAUGAUUAUUCCAAUUUUUCCACUCCUAACUCUUCACUUUUUUCUGAUCUUUCCAUUAAUCCAACUAUCUCAGCUUUUAACAAAACAUCACUUGUUUCUAAUUCCAUUUCUGAUCCGCCACCUGUGUCAUCUGCUUGUGAAACUCCAUCGAUAGACACUGUAGUUUGUUUAUCUGCUCCAGCUGGUUCCUCAGAUCUGCCACAUGGUAUGGCAGAUACUGAAGAAAUCAACAAAGAAGAAGCUAUUAUUGACCGAACUGAAGCAAACCACAAAAUUUCUGCUACUGAUGAAGUAACAGAAGAAUCUCUAACUGAUGCUGCUCUUCGAGAAUUAGAAAGUAGAGGAAAAAGUGGAAUGCCUGCAAGUAAAAGUACUCUAAUAAUACACAGUGUUGCAAGAGAAGCUAUUCGUCCAACUGUAAAGGUGAAGUUGGAUAAAAAUGGCAGAUGGCAUGAAGUUUCACAGCAAGAUAGUCCUGGUGGUCAAAGUGGUGAUUCCACACCUUCUAGCCCUCAAUCAAAACAAGAAGGUUCCUCUACUAUGGCAAGUACUUCAUCUUCUGCAAGUGAAAGAGAUGAUGAAAUACAGUAUAAACAAGAUUUCAGCACCUCUAUUCAUAGAUCCCGAUCAAAAGAAAAAAGAUCUUUAAUGGGUACUUUGAGAAGAAGAUUAAGUUUACGAAAAACCAGAUCAAAAUCUAUGGAACAAAAAGCUGAUAAAGAUGAAACUAGACAUCCAAGUAGCCGCAGUGUUUCAGCUGAUCGUUCUCGAUCUAUGCCAGAAUCAAGAGAAACAUCAUCAUUAAGAUCAUCUGGCAAGUAUUUUAUUUUAUUAACAAAAUUUAUAUUGUUAUUGAUUAUCAUUCAUGAGAUAUUCAUGAUGAAUUGUAACAUUAUUAUAAUAUUAAACCUAUUCCCAACAUUUGAAAAUCUGAAACAGAUUUAUCCUAACUAG